CUUCAGUCUCGAAGAGCCUGCUGUGCGUGCAGGGGUUUUCAGCGCGCGCCACAUGUGUCACACGCGGCGUAUACGCAACGCAGCUCGGUCAUAAGUCGAAAAAGACGUAAUUUUCGCCAGCUGAACGAACACGAAACCAAAAAAAAAAUCGAAGGAAAGAAUACAAAUUAUAUAUUUGCACUUAAUGCUGGUAAUUUCCACGGACUAUAAAACUGCAACGGCGUUAAUUUGCCCAAUAAAAUGCGACUACUAACGGCGCCAUAAAUAUCAUCAGCUACCGAGACAGCGAGCAAUGAAACUGGAUUUCUUCGGGAAAAGACAAAGCCGGGCUAAAAAUCAACGGGAAAAAAGAAGACAGACAUCGCAACGCUCGGCGGGUGGCACGCCGCAUUUAGAGGCAGUCAAACUGGCAGUGCUUCCUGCCCCGGAGUCCUUGUGGUACUUCUGCUACUGCCACCCGGUUUCCUGCGUUUGCCGCCUUGAACCUUCAGCCUUCAGCCGAGCACUUCCGCUUCUUAUCGCGGCAAUGUAAACGCGUUUCCGUUUGGGUCCCAAUCCGAAGGCUCAUUCCCGGCAUCGGGAGCGACACUAAACUAGCGGCUCUGCGCUGGAUUACAAGUAAAUUGGAAAGGAUUUGAGGAUGAGCCUGCUGCGCCUGCUUGGAGCCCUGCUGCUGGCCACAUUCAAUGGAAUGGCGCCUCUGCCCGCGGAGGGAUUGCACCUGUCGAACCUAUCCGUGCCGCGAAUUAUCGACGUGUCCCAAAAGGCGAAACUCUUCUGCAGCUACGCGAUGGGCAAUCGGACGCUGAACUCUGUCAAAUGGUACAAGGAUGGCCUCGAGUUUUUCAGAUACUCGCCUCUAACUCCGCCGACAACAAAUUGGUUCCCCGUUAAAGGUGUCACCAUUGCCAACGGUUCGCCGCAUUGCAAUCAAUUCAUCUGCAACGUGGAGCUGGAAAAGCUCAACGCCAGCUCGUCCGGCCAGUACAGAUGCGAGGUCUCCGGCGAUGCGCCCGAGUUCAAGCUGAUCGAUCAGUCGGCCAAUAUGACAGUCGGUGUUCUACCAAAGCUGGGCCCUUUCAUAACUGGAUGGCGACAUGCCUAUAAAUACCGCGACACUCUAAUAGCCAACUGCAGUUCCGAUUGGUCAAGUCCAGCCUCUAAAUUAAUGUGGUAUAUCAACAACAAGACGGUCCCAGCGUACAGCUUGCAGCCGCAAAUUAACGAAGUCACACGCAACACCGAUGGGCUCCACCUGUUCAUCAGCCACCUGCAGCUGCGCCUGUCACUCGAGGACCAGAGGUUCAUCAGCAAGAGUGAGGUGCUGGAACUGCGCUGCAGCGCAGACAUCAUGGGCCUGGCGAGUGUGCGAAGGGAGAGCCGGAUCCGAACCACCGUCCUGGCCCUGAAGGAUGCCGGAUUUAACCAGCGUCUCACCGAAAAUGGUUCCUGCAUCAAUGGCCAACCAGCUUCUUUAGCCGCCUGGCUGCUGGGUCUUGUCCAUUUUCUACGCUGGCAUGGAUCCCAAAGUUAGUGGCUAGCUUUGACGGGUGCUCUAUUGUUAGCAUAAGUUUCCGGGAUUCAACUAUAAGUGGAUACAGAUCCUGGAAAAUAAUCAAAAGUCCGGCAGAGGUGCCAACAUAAAUUGGAUUCUUUGCACCAUUUCGAGCCAAGUGAAAAAGUUAACAAGCCAAGGCAGCAACAGUUGAAUUUGUAUAUAGUCGAAAUUGAAUUAGUUAAGGUCCAUGCAGGAAGCCCAGCCAUUUGCUAUAUAAGUGUAUUACGAAACAAUUAUUUAUGUGUAAACCAGCCAAUGGAAAUUGAAACCGAAGAAUGAACACAGAAUGAAAUAUAUAAAAUAUUAAUAUAUUCUAGGAAUCUAAACAUAAUAUUUGCUACCAAAUACUAUUAAAUGUCAGAAUUAUUUCAAUAGAAAUGAAAAAUUCGAAUAUCAACAAAUUUACACAUGAAUAUUUGAGCACGGAAAAUGGAAACACACACAAUCAAUGGCAAGUAAACUUAAUUAUUGUAUGUGAAUUGUUAAUUGUAUUAAAUGAUGUAUGGGAAAUAAAUAAAUACGAAUAAAUAUAUGUAUGUCUCUAUUCAAUUUUAAUGAAGAGCAGGACAAAAGGUAAAUGUUAUUGUUUUUUUGUACAAGUUUUUAACAUUUAUAAUUUUGAGCAGUUGAACUCUUUGAAUUCCUAACAUAGUUUUUUUGUUCAAUUUUUUAACAUUUUCAAUUUUGAGCAGAUGAAUGCAAAAUAUAUAAAAUCCUAAAAAAAUUAUUCUUAUUAGGAUAAGACCUUAUACAUGAAUGUCCGGCUGCGGCAGAUUAUUAUGCGAUGUCUGCCUACUCGGCGGAGUUGGUUCCCGGUAAUGCACGCCCAAGCUGCCCAACAUCACCUCGGACUGGAAGACAUCCCAGAAUGUAUAAUGGCUCGAGUUAUCAUGGUAUUCAUCUCCUUCCUGUUCCACCAUCUCAAAGUAUCUGACAGCCAGUUUUCUCCGAUAAUCGGGAAGCACAAUAGAGCCCAAUAGAAAAGUCCAAGCCAUGGCAACACGGCACAUAUAUAAAUAAUCAGUUAGGUCCAUGAUUUUCGGGAAUUCCAAUAGAUAACUGACGAGGCAACCAGAAACGUCCCAAAUAAAGGCAAGCGAUAUGUAGACGAGUAGUAUGUGAAGAGCC